AUUCUGCUUUCUUGCCUCAGCCCUCUCUCGUGCUCUCUUUUGAUACGCCAAUCAAUCCUAACUGCCUUAUCCCUUCCCCUCCCUUCCUUCUUCACAACUCUCUACGGAGACAGACAUACAUGCAUCUGAGAUUUUUGUGUUAGGAGAGCUCUCCCUGCCUGCCUGGACUAUACGGACAAAUAUUCUUCUGAUCAGAUCAGGAUCAGGAAUUCAGAUUUAUAUUGUGGUUUUGUUGUGUGGUUGUUGAAUUUUGGUGAUUAGUUUCUGCCAUCGGAGUAGCCGAUUUUGAUUUUAGUUCGUGGUAGGAAUUGGAAUCGGAAUCGAAAUUGAAAUCGAAGAAAAGUGAUUAUUGUUGUUGUUGAGAUGAAGAUCCAAUGCGACGUGUGCGAGAAGGCUCCGGCGACGGUGAUCUGCUGCGCCGACGAGGCGGCAUUGUGCCCUAAAUGCGACGUGGAGGUGCAUGCCGCAAACAAGCUUGCCAGCAAGCACCAGCGUCUGCUUCUCCAAUGCCUCUCCAACAAGCUUCCUCCCUGCGACAUCUGCCAGGAGAAGACGGCAUUCAUAUUCUGCGUCGAGGACAGAGCCCUCUUCUGCAAGGAAUGUGACGAACCGAUUCACUCCAACAGCCUCACUGCAAACCACCAACGAUAUUUAGCUACUGGAAUACGGGUAGGUUUGAGUAGCAGCUGUAAUAAUGGAAGUAGCAAGGGCAAUGUGGAGCCAAAGCCCCCAAAAUCGAAUCUACAGCAGAUUGGUUUGAAGAAGAUGCCGCAAAAUGUUUCUGGUAUUACGUCGCCAUCUUGGGCUGUUGAUGAUUUGCUGCAAUUCUCUGACUAUGAGUCCUCGGACAAGCUCGAGUUUAAUGAGCUGGAGUGGCUAACCGACAUCAAUAUAUUUGGCGAUCAAGUGGUGUCCGAGGAGGCUCUGGCGGCUGCGGAAGUUCCUCAGCUGCGCGGUUCUCAGCCUAACAUGGCCGCCAUGUGCAGACAAGGGAAACUUUCCUCGGCAGCACACAAGAAGCCGAGGGUCCUAUUUUCCGGCGACGAUGAAGAGUAUUUUACAGUUCCCGAUCUCGGAUUGGGCGGUGAUUGAUGACUAUAAACAUUGGACUUGAAAAAACCUCGAUCAUACUGCGCGGCUAGCGAAUGUGUCAUGAACUAGCAGUAAUGUAACAUAUGUCGUGCAUUUGUACUAUAGCUUUGAUAAUAUACAUCAGUGUGUAUAUGCAAGCUCGAGAUUUUGUAACGUUUAUUACGAAAGUAUUUUUACCAAACUAU